UCAGGAUCACACAACAAUAAUGAAUGGAAACACGUCGUAGCCAAGAAAGUUCAGCAGUAAAAGUAACUGUUUGUCGGCAUUUCAAAGUUUUCUCUCGUGAGUGGAAAUCUGUUGUAAGUAAUGGAUUGGCUUGGCACAUUUAAAAUUACUUUCUGGAGGACAAGGCAGCUGUUUUUUGAUUGUUUCUUUUGAAAGUAAGUUUUUGAAAGGAAAACUAAACGCGAUGGUAACUGUAAAUGGCAUGUAUGGUCAGUAACACGAGAUUACUUCACUGUCAGCUGUUUAUCUCCAGAAGUGGACGACUUGGAUUAAUACGUUUAUGAAAUUGUUGGACUACUUUUGAGAGUUUUGAUUGUCUGACCUGGAUUAUCAUCACUAAAAGACGCUACAGGAUUUACAGAGUGGACUAGAGAGGAUUACAGCACAUCUGGGACAAAAUGGGUAAUAUAGAAAGUGUGGACGGCCAGUCGGAGAUGAAGCAUCACAUUAUGCCUCUGAAGGUACCCAUGCCUGACCCCACCGAGCUGGAGGAGAAGUUUGCCAUUGUUUUGAAUUCUAUGAACCUGCCGCCAGACAAAGCCCGCCUCCUCAGACAGUAUGACAAUGAAAAGAAGUGGGACCUGAUCUGCGACCAGGAGAGAUUUCAGGUAAAGAAUCCACCUCACACCUACAUCCAGAAGCUACGAGGAUACCUAGACCCUGGAGUCACACGAAAGAAGUUUCGCAGGCGGGUGCAGGAAUCUACAAAAGUCUUAAGGGAGCUGGAGAUCUCGCUGAGAACAAACCACAUCGGGUGGGUCAGGGAGUUCCUCAAUGAUGAAAACAGAGGUCUUGACGUCCUGGUGGAGUACCUCUCCUUUGCCCAGUGUGCUGUCAUGUUGAAUUUUGAGGGGCUGGAGAAUGGGGAGGAUGGAUACUUGGACAAGGCUAAAUCUUGGAGCAGGUCCAUUGAGGAUCUGCACAGUAUGGGCACCCAACCCUUCUGCAACACACUGGUGCGCUCAGCCCGCCAGUCUGUCCUUCGCUAUGGCACUGUUUCCAACAGCAAAACCAUCAAGAACUCUCGCCUCGUGAGCCAAAAAGAUGAUGUGCAUGUGUGCAUCAUGUGCUUGAGAGCUAUCAUGAACUACCAGUACGGCUUCAAUAUGGUCAUGUCUCACGCGCACGCAGUCAAUGAAAUUGCUCUCAGCUUGAACAAUAAGAACUCACGGACAAAAGCGUUGGUCCUGGAGCUGCUGGCCGCCGUCUGUCUCGUCCGAGGAGGUCACGAGAUCAUCCUCUCAGCAUUUGACAACUUUAAAGAGGUUUGUAAGGAGAAGCAUCGCUUUGAGAGACUAAUGGAGUACUUCCGCUGUGAGGAGGGAAACAUUGACUACAUGGUCGCUUGCAUGCAGUUCAUCAACAUUGUGGUCCACUCGGUGGAGGACAUGAACUUCAGAGUCCAUCUGCAGUAUGAAUUCACCAAGCUGGGACUGGAUGAUUACCUAGAGAAAUGCAAACACACGGAGAGUGACAAGCUUUCGGUGCAGAUCCAGGCCUACCUGGAUAACGUGUUUGACGUGGGUGGCCUGCUGGAGGAUGCAGAGACGAAGAAUGCAGCUCUGGAAAAGGUGGAGGAACUGGAGGAGCACCUGUCCCAUGUGACGGAGAAGCUGCUGGAGGUGGAGAAUGAAACAAUGAUGAAAGUGGCUGAUCUGGAGAAGAUAGUCAUUCAGAAAGAUAAGGACCUGCAUGUGAUACGGGAGACAUAUGAGUCAACCAACACCCAGGUUAACACCCUGAGGAGGAUGAUAAAAGAGAAGGAUGCUGCCUCCCAGAGACACUUCAACAUCGAGAGGCGUCUGCUGGAACUGGAGCAGCAGGGCACCAUCCGUCUGCACAAGAAGCCUGACGGAGACAUCACCAUCGAGCCUCUUGGUGUCGGAGGAUCGGGCGGAGUAGGAAGUGGCCUUGGCAUCCCACUGGGAAACAUCGGGCAGCUGUCUUUGGGUUCAACAAUCGGUUUAACAGAACCAGGAGGAGCGGACACCAGUUUACCACCAGCAAGUGAAGCACCUCCCCCUCCUCCCCCACCUCCACCGCCUCCACCACCUCUUCCCUCCACCUCAGGCCCAUGUGCACCGAUCCCACCACCUCCUCCUCUUGCUCCACCUCUGCCAGAUGCUUGUCCUUCUCCCUCUGUAAUCCUUAGUCUGGGUCUCUCAGCUAUCAGAAUCAAGAAGCCCAUCAAGACCAAGUUCCGCCUGCCUGUGUUUAACUGGACAGCCUUGAAACCCAAUCAGAUCAAAGGCACAGUCUUCAACGAGAUCGAUGAUGAACGGGUGCUAGAGGAGCUGGAUCUGGAGAGGUUUGAGGAGAUGUUUAAGACCAGAGCCCAGGGUCCCAUAGUGGAUAUCACCUGCACAAAGAGCAAAGUAGCCCAGAAAGCCGUGAACAAAGUCACACUUCUGGACGCCAACCGCUCUAAGAACUUGGCGAUCACGCUGCGCAAGGCUAACAAGACCACAGAGGAGAUCUGCAAAGCAAUAGAGAAGUUUGACCUGAAGGCCUUACCUGUGGACUUUGUGGAGUGCCUGAUGCGUUUCCUGCCCACCGAGUCAGAGGUGAAGGUGAUGCGUCAGUAUGAGCGUGAGCGACGUCCACUGGACCAGCUUGCAGAGGAAGAUCGCUUCAUGUUAUUGUUCAGCAAGAUUGAGAGGCUCACACAGAGAAUGAACAUCAUCACCUUUGUGGGGAACUUCUCGGACAACAUCAACAUGCUCACACCACAGCUUAACGGAAUCAUUGCUGCUUCAGGAUCAGUGAAAUCCUCACCAAAGUUAAAGAAAAUGCUUGAGAUCAUCUUGGCCUUGGGAAACUACAUGAACAGCAGCAAGCGAGGCUGUGUUUAUGGCUUCAAAUUACAAAGUCUAGAUCUGCUGCUGGACACUAAGUCUACAGACAGGAAGAUGACGCUGCUCCACUACAUAGCUCUAAUUGUGAAAGAGAAGUACCCUGAGCUUGCCAACUUCCACAAUGAGCUGCACUUUGUGGAUAAAGCUGCUGCAGUAUCCUUGGAAAACGUGCUGCUGGAUGUUCGAGAGCUGGGGAAAGGUAUGGACCUGAUCCGCAGAGAGUGCAGCCUGCACGAUCAUUCGGUCCUGAAAGGCUUUGUGCAGGCCAGCGACACACCACUGGAAAAGCUGCAAAAAGAUGCCAAGACAGCAGAGGAAGCCUUUAACAAUGUGGUGAACUACUUUGGAGAGAGUGCCAAGACGACUCCACCCUCAGUGUUCUUCCCAGUGUUUGUGCGCUUCAUUAAGGCCUACAAGGAUGCAGUGGAGGGAAACGAACAGAGGAAAAAGCAGGAGCAAGCAAUGAGAGAGAAAUUGCUGGCUCAGGAGGCUAAACAGCAUGACCCCAAGGUCCAGGCUCAGAAGAAGAGGCACCAACAGCAGGAGCUGAUUGCAGAGCUGCGCAAGCGUCAAGCCAAAGACCACCGACCCGUGUACGAGGGCAAGGACGGCACUAUUGAAGACAUCAUCACAGUCCUGAAGAGCGUGCCCUUCACAGCCCGCACUGCUAAACGCGGCUCACGGUUCUUCUGUGAAGCCAACCUCUGUGACGACGCCAACUGCUAGCCCUCCCCUCCCUCUAAUGCCAAGAUCUCCGAAACCAGCCUUUCCUGCGAGCUGACGCGUUGAUCCGGAGCGGUUGGAAGAGACCCUAAACUACUCAUUUGUCACUUAUACAACCACCCCUCCCCCAGUGUAACACCCCUCCCUAUGUCGCCAUGGUCUGUCUCAACCCUGAGGCUGCAGAUGACAAAGACUGAAAAGAGGGGACAGUACAGAGCCCUUGUGUUAGUGGGGGUAAUUUAUUUAUUUAUGGAGGCCCUUUUACAGCCACUUGUGAGCGGACAUCAUUACAGAAGCACAGUGGGUUUCUCCUGUCCCACUGCAAUCACAAGACUUUCCCCGCUCUGUGUCCAAUCGGAGGACGACUACAGAGCAGGUGGGUGAGUUGAGAGCUGGAGGACCACAAAGUAGGAGGAGCAGGGCUUUCCCUCGCAGGUGCCUGCCAACACGUGGAUUUCAUUCCCAAGACUCUUAAUUUCCUCAGAUAAUGAAGUUGUAGCAAGGCUACUUGUGGACUGGGAGGCAGCCAAGGCAAGAUGCCAACUCUGCUGCUGGAAUGUUUGCCUUGAAGACACUCGUAAGACUCUCUCUGACUCACAACAGGGAAGCUUCAAUGAUAUGAUGAGACAUUUGGGAACCUUUUCCCCCUCAUAAAGCCAGGUCGACAUAUUCAAUCAAGAUUUUUUUAUUGACUCUUGUUUAUUUUGAUUGCGCAUGAAUCUGGGAGGAACAACCAAUCAUUCUACUGCUACUUUUCAGACGUGCAAAAAUUUCUCGAAUGUCUCAUUUUUUGCUUCUGAAGUGCCUUUUCUUCUGUGUAAACAGUGUUAAUUCUUGAGUCAGCCAUAAUUUGAUUAUUUCACAUCUGAUCUUGAAGAUUGUAUUUUCCCUGUACUAUAACAUUAGCCUUAUAAUACUUACAAUAUGCAAGAGUUUCCAGCUUUAAUACAUGAUAUAAGAAGUUGAGGGUAUUAACGGUUUUAGGAUUACUCUCAUUUACCUCUCUUGAGCUCAUACAAAUUGGGAUAAUUUUGUGCCUUUUGCAAGUGGUCCUUAGAAAUAUGAUAUUAUAUGCCUUGACAACACUUUCUGUCACAUUAAAAGUGAUGUUUGGGAAGUGACAAAUGUUUUCAGUCCUCAUGGACUGCUGCUUAGGGACCUAGAGAACAUUUACCUGCUUCAGAUGAAGGAUGUUUCCUAUGUUUUGAGCCUCUCGUUUAAAUCUCCUCUGUUUUUAGAGAUGAUUUGCUCCUAACAGAUGUUAAAGCUUACAUUGGCACAAAGGGAGCAGUACUUCUUUACACUACUUAAUUUGGCUUACCAUUGUAUGAGACACUAUUUUAUAUUAAAGUGGAUUCAAAUCAAGGAAUUUACUUUUUGGAAGAAAUGAUCCAUGAUAUUGUCUAUUGACUAAAAGAUGAAACUUCAUGUUUAAUAAAUAAGAUGAAUUAUGUAA